UACAGCUUACCAGCUUUCUGCGCAUUUUUCUUGUCACUUGAACUAGCUAAUGUCCCUCCAGAUUAAUCCUAAUUUAUUUAACUAUCAUGUGAACCUAAUUGCUUGUUGUCUCUCCCCUCUGGCUGGUCGGUACAGCGACGGCCUCGCUUCUUGCAGGGCGGCGUUCGAUCCCCGAUGGUCCUAAGCAGUUGAUGGGGCACUAUUCCAUCCCUCCGUCCUAUCCCAAGCGAUGUCUCCUGAUAAUGACCUGCCCUAUGUGGAUACCAAACUGGUUCUAACUAUUUCCUUUGUGAGACAAGAUUGUGGUGGGCGUUCGAGUUAGAUGGUUCGUUAAUGUGUCCAAUUUCCUUCUCUAUUGGUCAAGCCCAAUUUCCUGAUGUAAUUGAUUCCCGUUUGAGCCUAAUUAUAUGUUCUGACUCCCGCAGGAGGCUAAUUACCUAGACUAAUGACUCAAUUACCUCCCACCCAAGGUAAUGGGACUGAGGUUCUGCAACGAGGCGUGUCUUCAGGCCCAGCAGCUGUGGCCUGUCCCUGAGGACGACCACCACGACCACAUGAACCUCACGCCGCUGCAGGACACGUUGGUCAAGAGGCUCGGGGCAGGAGCUGUGCCCUUCACCUUCACAGUCUCGUCCCUGGCGCCGCCCUCCGUCACCCUCCUCCCCGCCAGGACCUACGUCGGCGCCCCCAUAGGCACCAACUACGACCUCAGGAUCUUUGUAGGCGAGAACCCGGAGGAUAAGCCGCACAAGAGGUCGUCUAUCCGGAUGGGGAUGAAGCUGUACCAGAUGGCAUCCGGGGCGGAGGUGGCCCUGCCCUACGCCGCCGCCUCCAAGCCGCUGCUCCUGGCCGACGGACAGGUGGAGGUGGAAGCCACCCUCGACAAGGCCGUCUACGAGAGGGACGAACAGGUCAACGUUAACGUCUCAGUCACCAACCACUCCUCCAGGAACGUCAGGAGAAUCAAGAUCCUAGUGGUCCAGUACGUGGACGUAGCCAUGUUCAGUAACGGCAAGUUUAAGAACAUCGUGGCGACGCUAGACACAACAGACGGCUGUCCCAUCACUUCGGGAGCAACACUGACGCGCCAGUUCGAACUCCAGCCCGCCAGAGGACCCAUCAAGAACUGGAUUGCCCUGGAGGAGUUCUACGACAGGGAGAGUGCGCUGGCUUCCUCCGUCGUUAGACCCGACGCCCAGGAGAGGAACGUCUUCGCUAUUUACGUCAGUUAUUACGUCAAGGUGAAGCUGUUCACUAGUGCCAUCGGGGGUGAGGUGAGUGUCAAGGUGCCAUUCAAGUUGAUGAGACGCCAUACCGUGGAUGAUGUGGCCACCAACACCUCUCCCACGACAGAGGCAGCAACCGAUGGGGCGCCGAUAACUACCUCCCAGUCCAUGUUUGACCUGAGCACUGGCGACCCGCGCAGAGGGGCGACCAAAGUCAGAAAGUCGCCCCCGUCACGGUCGACCAGUGAAGACUCCGGCAGGAGCACCACAGCAUCGUCAGCAGCAGCAGCAGCAGCAGCAGCAGGGCGGGGCUCCGUGGCCGCCGACCAGGGCGGCUCCGUGUCGGGACAUGGAUGCGUGGACGCGGAGACCUUCAGUACCACGGUACAGAUCGAAGGGACUGGCCGUGGCCGGCUUGUGAACUCCGCCUGCUGAAGAAAGGACU